CCCCCACAUCCCCACCCGCUGGAAAUACAAGCCGUCCUUGGCGCGCCAUGUGUGGUAACACGCUCCGCCGCUGCCACGCUAUUUAAACGCCGGUUAUGGAUCCAGGAACCGGCGCGAAUCAAUGAGAUCAAACGCGAGGGAGAUGCACCGUCAAUUACAAGCACUUGGAAAGUCUAACUUUUUUUCUUUUACAAAUAAGGUUUCAAAAGCUACCUUAGCAACGCCCAUAUAGAAGCCACCUCUAAGCAAAAUAGCAUAUAUAAAGGGAGGGCGAAUAUAUAUAUUUAUAAUAAGUAUAUAUAAAUAUUUACAGGCCUACAGGUUUACACCCGGUGAACUUUUUCUUCUUUCUUUUUUUUUUUAAACGAAGGAUAUUACAAAGGACUCUUCUUUUUCUCUAUCUUUUGGCGAGUUAGCGAAGGGGGUAUUUUAUUUUCUUGGAGCGCCCAACGGGGCGCAGGGACUUUGGAGAGAAGAGUGGGGAGGAAGGAGGAAGGCUGGGUGGGGGGCAGAGGGCGAGUCAGCAGUGAGGGCAGGCGCUUUCCUGCGGCACGAUGCGGUCCCAGCUGGUGCGGACUUUUGUCCUGUUUGGCUGGGCGUUGCUAGCCGGCAGCACGGGUGGCGGCGGCGGGGGCGAGGUCCGGAGCGGCGGCGGGCGCCGGGAAAGAGAGGCUCUGCCACCGCAGAAGAUCGAGGUGCUGGUGUUGUUGCCCCAGGACGACUCCUACCUGUUCUCCUUGGCCCGUGUACGGCCGGCCAUCGAAUAUGCGCUGCGCAGUGUGGAGGGCAACGCGACUGGGCAGCGCCUUCUGCCACCAGGCACUCGUUUCCAGGUGGCCUAUGAAGACUCAGACUGCGGCAACCGCGCGCUCUUCAGCCUGGUGGACCGCGUGGCAGCUGCGCGGGGAGCCAAGCCCGACCUCAUUCUCGGGCCAGUGUGCGAAUACGCGGCGGCGCCGGUGGCCCGGCUCGCGUCGCACUGGGACCUGCCCAUGCUGUCGGCCGGGGCGCUAGCCGCCGGCUUCCAGCACAAGGACUCGGAAUACUCGCACCUCACGCGGGUGUCGCCCGCGUAUGCUAAGAUGGGCGAGAUGAUGCUCGCCCUGUUCCGCCACCACCAGUGGAGCCGCGCCGCGCUGGUGUACAAUGACGACAAGCUGGAACGGAACUGCUACUUCACCCUCGAGGGGGUCCACGAGGUCUUCCAGGAGGAAGGUUUGCAUACAUCCUCCUACAGUUUCGAUGAGACCAAAGACUUGGACCUGGACGACAUCGUGCGCUACAUCCAGGCCAGUGAGCGAGUGGUGAUCAUGUGUGCCAGUGGCGACACGGUCCGGGGCAUCAUGCUGGCGGCGCACCGACACGGGAUGACCAACGGAGACUACGCCUUCUUCAACAUCGAGCUCUUCAACAGCUCUUCCUACGGAGAUGGCUCGUGGAAGAGAGGAGACAAACACGACUUUGAAGCUAAGCAGGCAUACUCAUCCCUCCAAACAAUCACUCUACUGAGGACAGUGAAACCUGAGUUUGAGAAGUUUUCCAUGGAGGUGAAAAGUUCUGUUGAGAAACAAGGGCUCAAUGAGGAGGAUUACGUUAACAUGUUUGUUGAAGGAUUCCAUGAUGCCAUUCUCCUGUACGUCCUGGCUUUACACGAAGUACUCAGAGCUGGUUACAGCAAGAAGGAUGGAGGGAAAAUUAUCCAGCAGACUUGGAACAGAACAUUUGAAGGUAUUGCCGGGCAGGUGUCCAUAGACACCAAUGGAGACCGGUACGGGGACUUCUCCGUGGUGGCCAUGACUGACGCUGAGGCAGGCACACAGGAGGUUAUCGGAGAUUACUUCGGAAAAGAAGGUCGUUUCGAAAUGCGGCCCAACAUCAAAUAUCCUUGGGGACCUUUGAAACUGAGAAUAGAUGAAACCAGGAUUGUGGAGCACGCCAACAGCUCUCCCUGCAAAUCAUCAGGUGGCCUAGAAGAAUCAGCGGUGACAGGAAUCGUUGUGGGGGCCUUACUAGGAGCUGGUUUGCUCAUGGCUUUCUACUUUUUCAGGAAGAAAUACAGAAUAACCAUUGAGAGAAGAAACCAGCGAGAAGAAAGUCACAUUGGAAAACAUCGGGAGUUACGGGAAGAUUCCAUCAGAUCCCAUUUUUCGGUGGCUUAAAAGGAAGCUUUUUCUUUCGGCCUGAGAUUCUUUGAGGAGAUUGAUGGGAUGAAAGGCAUCCAUGGGACAGAGGGGCUCUUGAAGAAUUCAUUCUUUUAAGCAUUUAGUCAUUUUGUUGUAAAAUUUCUUUAGAAGCUCAGGAACUAUUAUUAAUCACCAUAUGCCUCCUGGCCUUUCAUCUCAUGACAAACAAAUAUGAGAAUAUCAUGUCACUCUGUUAAACAUUCAUACUGUUUUAAGGGCAUAUGAUUUGAUUUAUAUUUUGAGAAUCUGAUGUCUCCACAUCUUGAUGGCUUUUGGGGGCAUGUCACACAAGGCUAUAAAAUGUGGUUCCUUAAAGGAAAUGUUUUAUAGGUAGAAUAAAAUCAUUUUUACAAGUAGAAUAAUCUUAGAAAGAACUUAACACCCAAGAAGAGGAAAAUGUAAUGAAAAAUCUCAGGUUGGAAAUACAGCCUUCCUUUCCCUAGAGCUGGCCAGCCAACUUGAGUGGAGGACGGCUCUGUCCGAUGUAUACAUUCAGGCCCCGACUUCAUAUCUUGAAAGAUUUCCUCCCUGCCCCCUUCAGUGUCUCAAUAACAGCUGCUUGGGGCAGUGGCAACUAUCACUGAGAUGAGAGGGCUUACACAGGAAAAACAAAUCUAAAAUGUUUCAUUUUUUAAAUGUAAAAAACUGUUUCGCACUAACACUUCAGUUUUAGUAUUUUAAUCUUAUAUUUUGCUAUUAGAAAAUGUGUCUAUUUUUUCAUUUUGGAGAUUGUAUUUCACUUAUAUCUGAAAGGCAUGGGUAAAGUGCACGACAAGCCAACAACGAUGAAAGAGGCUUCUCUUUUUCUCCCCGUUGCCCUGCUCCCCUUGGCCGUACCCAAAUGCAAGUUGCUGUUUCAAUUGCGGAGACCUAGAAAUGUACUCAGAUUACAGACUCAACAGGAGUCCAUGAACUUGAGUAGGGCUAGGCCUCUUCCAAUUCUGGCCAAAUGAUAAAUUUCAGGAUCAAGGGUGAAAUUGACUAGAAUUAAGUAGGAUUUUAUAAGGGGAGACAGCCUUUUUCCUCAAGAAAAACAUUAUAGAGAGUUAGAACUUGACAGUUGGCACAGAGAUGAAAAAUUUUAAAAAUUCACUUCUAACAUUUUACUAAAAUUUACAGUGGUGAUGAUGGUUAAAAGAGGAAAUCUAAAUAGCUAGUAUAUUCCCUUUCAGUUAACUCCAUAAUGUUUUGUAAUCACCCACUAAUAGCCUGCGUGAUAGUGGUUGUGGGUGUGGAGGUAAGGAAUUCGGACAAAGUCGAGUAAGUAGUCACUGAACAUCUGCUUUGUACCCAGUGCUCUGCACAUAGCUUUACAUUCAGGUUGCCACUUUGAGUUUAUGAUUUGUGGAGACAAUAGAUGGUGAAGGAAGAAUGAGACAUCGUGGGGUUAGCAUGCCACCUUGUAAUUGUGUCACUUGGUCCUCAAUGACAUUUUGAGCGUCUGGGAAAUAGUUUUAAACAUUAUCUUGGUGUCCACAAAAGACCCUGUGUAAAAAGGGGAGCUUGAGCAACUCCUCUGUUGUGGUGGUCGUAGUCCGCACAGGUAACAGCGGAGGCAGAUGAGUAAAAGCUGUGUGUCUUGCAAGUUGGCCCCAGAUUGCUUCCUGGAAGAGUUGGCCUUUGUCACCCCUACUUCAGCCAGUCACAGUGAAUGGAUUAUUUCUGGGUGAAGUAUGUCCCUCUUAUAGUUAAAAAAUGUUAUGCAGCUGGAGGACGUAAUAAAAGAAUUAAUGAUGAUCAACUGAAACAACUAGGUGGUAGUGUCCAUGUGAGAGGCAAAGGAAAGAAGUACUGCAUUCAAAAAGGGUGGAAAAAAGGAGAGCAAGAAAGGUGAGCUGCAGCAAUUCUAAUGUAGGAAGAGAAGACUCGAAGUAACAUUCAGGAAGAGAACAAAGCAUUGAACUGUUCAGGAUCCUCAAAGCGAAAACAGAACGGAAGAUUGCAUCCAGUUUAUUUUUGUGAAUGGAGAACUUACUUCUCUCUAAUGUUUAUUUUUCAGCAAUGUUUUCAUAUAUUUUAGAAAUAUUCAUUUUCAUUUAUCUUGUCUUUGUAAAGAAACAUUUAAAUUUUGAGCCUAUGUGCUUAUUUCAGGGGGAAAAACACUACCUGGUUGCAGUCUUUGUGUUUAAACAUUUCUGACCUUUCCGUCAUCUACAUAAGGGCCUGUUAACUCGAACAUUUUUACAGCAAAUGUCUUUUAUUUCUACUUUAGGUAGAGGAAUAGUUCUAAACUUAUACUAUUAUCUCCAGAUAAAAUCAUAAAAAUAAGUGAGAACUUAGUCUUAAAAACGUCAUAUAAAUCAUGAGCUUUCUCAUAAAUGGAUGUGAUUCUCGUCCAAUCUUAAAGCAGUUCUAGGCUUCUUAAGAUUGAUUGGUUAUAUCUGCUAUCUAUUAUUUCUUCCUUGAAAUCAUCACAUGAGUACCAAACCUCUCUUACAUUUUGAAAACUCCAUUCGGUUGGAAAUCUGUGCUAAAAGUGUAGGUGUUUGGCCCCAGGUUACCCUGGGUUCAGACCUGUGGAGAUUAACAUUUUGGAGUUGAGUUCCUAACUGCUAAGCAACAUCUUUGACAACUAGUCAUUUAUACUCCGCCAGUAGCCAUAGAUCAUACAGAAAAAUAAAUAGGGCUUUAGUUCUUAAAUCAUUCUAUAAAUUUUUACCCUGAAGCCCAGGGUGUUCAGGUUUAGAAAGAGAUACUUCAUCAGCAUUUUCUCAUCUGGCCAAACAUCGGCUGACGUGGAGACAGGUCAAAGUACGCACUUUUGUACAUACCCACAGUGUUGGGAAUAAGUGCAGGUUUUACGAUCAUCACUGUCACCUUCUCAGAUUUUUUCCCCCUGGACUCAGAAAACACUUUCUGUUUAGAGUGCAUAUCUCCCCCCAGACUGACCACAGGUUCCACGAGGAAGCCCCUGUAAACAUUAUGUUUCUCCGAAGAACCAUUAGCUUGUCCUUUCCUGAACCACAGAUAUGGUUCCACAGGCUUUAAAAUAGUUCUUUACAUUUGAGAAGCGAUGUUGAAUGGAGGGAGGAGAGGAAUAUAUGGAAACGAAUUCCUGAAAUUCAAAGACUUUAUGUCCAGACACUGCUCUCUAUUCACAGGCUUCUAGGGUCAUAAACUUCUUCCAGGCACCUGCGCAGUCUUUGCCCUGAAUUCACCACUUUCCUCCUCACUGCCAUGGGUUGGGGAGGGUAAGAUAGGCUGCUGGCAGUGAAAUGAAGGCCAUGGUGAAGACCUCAUACAGACGGGGACAGGAAUUCGAAAAAUAGGUUCCAGGGGUAUCCCCUUCUUGUGAGUGAGUAUACAGUGGCCAUUUGUGGAAGGGCUACCGGUGUUAUGGGAGAGUUAAUAAACAAAUGGCAUGCCUACCUAUGUUCCUUGGGACACAAAUAACUUAGAUGCUGAAUUCAUGCAGUGAGAAAGCUGAAUGACAAUCAAAAUUAGGUCCUCUGGUCUAUGUUUCAUGGGUUUGUUCAGUUACACCCUGUGGUUGAAUGCUUCAUGAGGAAGCUGAUAAUGAACUGAACUUCUUUUUCUGUGGAAAGAAACUGAAAUUGUCUUAAAAACAUGGCAUAUAUUUUAGGGGCAGUGUGGCAGCAGAAAGAGAUGGUGCUGUUUCUCUUCCAGUUGGUCUUUAGGGGCACGGGAUAACCAAUCAUUUAGUCCCUCUCCAACAGCCAGACUCAGCAAGAAGUUUAGGCCACAUCUGGCGAGAAGAAUCAGGAGCUCGAAUGUCCAAAUGAAACAGAAGAGGAUACAAGGGCAACCUGCCACGGCCUCCCCUCCCCUUCGUCCCCACCCCUACUCUCCCUCCACCAUGGCUCCAAAAAGGCAUCAGCAUCUUGCCCAUGCAGGCGAAACUUGCAGCAGGACUGCCAUACUUCCACGGAGGGAGAGAGGACAGCACAGUGCCGGCUGUGGGAAUGGAGCCGGCUUGUGAUCAGAACCCUUACAUUCGCUUGACCACACACGCCCUUGGGGCAGGUCAACCCCGUGACGUGCGUGGACUCCAGGAAACCUGACUUUGGUUUUCAGCGUGUUGACCUCCCAGAGAGCUCCUGCAGGCAAACCCCACAGCUAGAUUCCAGGGUCAGAGUGACUUUCCAAAGGCGCUGAAUUGGAGUUUGUUCAAAUUUCUCAUUAACCACUAGAGUUGAUUCAUACCAAAGGCGAAGCAGUUCUAAAUGAGCUAAUGCUGUCUAUGUUCAUGUUUUAAGCUGUUUCAAACACAGGGGAAGGGUUUCCAUGGGAGCUGAGUCUCGGAAGUAAAAACCCAUGGGUUACACUAGCUCUUUGAUGUGUCAGGUGUAGGGUGAUUCCUGCAGGAGAGAUUUGAACAAGUAGAAUUAAGACUUGGCAAAAAAUGCUGUGUUGUUCUGAUUCACAUGUAAAAGACCUAGAUUUCUAUGCAGCAAGGAGUAAAGGGCCCUUCACCAAGGGUAAGUCACAACAUAGGCUACCAGAUUGUUUUCUGUUUGCCAGGAGAGCAAAGCCAUCAUAGCACAUAGUAACAGGGCAGAGAAGGUUGAGGAAGGAGAUUUUGGAUUUUGAAGCAGGAUGUCCCAUAUAUUCUUCAAUACCAAAUCUGAACAUGUUCAUUGUGGUGUGUCUUACUUACAAAGUAGCAAUGGGGUGCCCUCAACAGCCUGGAGAGGCUGUGAGUUUGCAGACCUCUCUGCUGGGUCUGGGAGUCUGAGCUCUGUUCUCUGUGGGUGGUGGCGAGGUGGAACCCAGGGGGCUUGGUGUGGACACAGUGGAGGAGUCCUUCUGCAGCCCUUGUCUCCUGGGCCGCAUUAGUCAUUGCUAAUUUAAAUACAAACCUACCGUGAUUCUGGUAGAAACAAAGUAAGAGCUGCACAAGCUACAUACAAUUUCUAUUCUAAUGUAAGUAGAACUAUCUGCAUAUAAUGUGAUUUAAUUUAUUGUUGUGUUGUGUAGAAAAUGAGAAUUAAUGACUGUGGAUAUAACCCCCAUUUUGUAUAAUAUAUUUUAUUUCUGAUGCAAACUGGUCAUUUAAAGUUACCUACUUCAUUUGGUGUUUGGAUACAAAUGUGUAUGUGUUCUUGUGCAUGUGUUUCUACUCAGCAAGAAUGCCACACACUCACAGUAUAACAAUGUGUUCUCAUUAAAAAAUACACCCCACA